GAGGCGCAUUGGAUUCCGACUCUACGGACUGUUUACUUCCGUCAAUAUCACAGAGCAGAGAGGGACUUUCACCCGAACAACACAGAACACCGCGAACAUGCCAUUCUUGGGCCAAGACUGGAGGUCUCCUGGCUGGAGCUGGAUCAAAACCGACGACGGAUGGAAACCCUUCGAGUUUUUCGGGACCUACAAUAAGGAAUUUAGUCUGGAAGAACUCGAUAACGAAAACAAGGAGAACCUGUACGCCGACAACGUGUGUAAAGUCGCUGCCAAGAAAAGGAAAAAAGACCACGUCAACAACAACACACGAUCGCAGUUUCUGUACCAGGAGCGCUGGAUCUACGUGCAGAAGGAAAGCACACGAGAGAGACACGGCUACUGCACCCUGGGGGAAGCGUUCAACAGGUUAGACUUCUCCAGCGCCAUCCAGGACAUGCGCAGGUUCAACUACGUGGUCAAACUGUUGCAUCUGAUCGCCAAGUCUCAGCUGACGUCUCUGAGCGGAGCCGCUCAGAAAAACUACUUCAACGUGCUGGAGAAGAUCGUCAGGAAGGCCCUGGACGAUCAUCAGAAUCCGGGGCUGAUUAAGGCCUUACUGCAGGACCUGAGCGCCGUACUCGGCACCCUCAUCCGUGAAGUGGGCAAGUCCGUACUCGUGGGCAACAUUAACAUCUGGAUCUGUCGGCUGGAGACCAUUCUCAGUUGGCAACAGCAGCUCGGCAACUUACAGAUCCCUAAGCAAAUCUCCAACGGUGCGACGCUGAGCGACCUUCCGCUGCACAUGCAGAGCAACAUCCUGUACAAAUUUAGCGACGCCUGUGACAUUAUUAACCUGGGACAGGCCACGCCCACACUGCACAUGCUCAGUGAGGACGGGCAGCUGUGGAAGAAGCUGUGUCAGUUCCACUUUGCUGAGAAACAGUUCUGCCGGCACUUGGUUCUAUCAGAGAAGGGUCACGUGGACUGGAAGCUGAUGUUCUUCACACUACAGAAGCACUAUCCAAAGAAGGAGCAGUACGGAGACACACUACACUUCUGCAGACACUGUAGCACCGUCUUCUGGAGGGAUUCAGGCCACCCCUGCACAGCCAACGAUCCCGACAGCUGCCUCACGCCCGUCUCACCCCAGCACUUCAUCGACCUCUUCAAGUUCUGAACUCUUUAAUAACAAAUACCUAUCGUCCAGCUCCAGCUCCUCUCUAACACCGCCUCGGUUCUGCCUCGGACUUUCUAUCCUCUAUCUCUAACUGUGUCGGAGAGCUGACGUUCCCUCCCUCGCUGUUCUCUCUCUGCUACCUAACGACUGACCUUUAUUAUUUCUGUAAACUUCAAGGGCUUAUUGAUUAGAAAGAUGCCACGGUGUUCGCAUUUACUCACUUCUCUGUGAUGCUGGAAUAUUUGGGUAAAAUGGGUUGCAUUAAAAAAAACAAGUCUAUCAUAGGAUUCAAUUGCUCGUAAAUAACUGUGUAAUAACUUCUGGUGCCCUGAUGCUCCAUCAUUUCCCCACAUUUUCCACCAUAAUGAAUGCAGGUGUAGGUUACAGGGUAAAAUAAAACAGGAAUAUCAUCAUGAAGCAUUUACAGAUGGGAAAUGACGACCAGGUUUACUGUUUAGAUGCAUCUUAGCACUCAGGUGGCCCAGCCUGACGUCUCAGCUCUGCUAUUAUCAUUAUUUGACCCCAGAAUUUUGUCCAUGUGAUCGGCAACCAGCUAAUCGAUCCUUAAGGUCCUAAUUUUGAACAUCAGCUUCCAGACGUAUGGUAAUCUAAUCUAGUUUGAAUUGUCCCUUGGUGUAAGUGUUCGUGAACGAUUGUUGGAUGUUUUGCAAUAGACCUGAGCCUCUCGGGUUCAUGUUUCUUAAAAAAUAAGCUUUAGAUUUAACUUCACCCUAAUUAUCAUGAUUAUUAUCGACAUGUUGUAGUAUUUAUUAUUAUGUAUGAUUGUAAUAAUAAUAGAAAUCCGUGUAGCUGCUCCCGUAUUUGGGCGUCGCCACAGCGGAUCUGGUCGUCAUACCAGACACGGCACAGGUUAUAUGCCGGACGCCCGUCCUCACGAAACCCUCCUAUUUCUAUCCGGGCUUGGGACCUGCACUGUAAGCGCACUGUCCAUGUGAUCAGCAACCAGCUAAUCGAGCAGCUUCUAGUCUUAAUCGUCCCUUGGUCUAAGUGACCGUGAAUGAUUGUUGGAUGCCCUGCAAUAGACCUGAGCCUCCAGGGUUCAUGUUUCUAAAAAAAAAAAGCUUUUUAUUUAACUUAACCUUAAUUAUCAUGAUUAUUAUUAUUAUGUUGAAUCAUAAUAAUAAUACAUUUAAGCUGCAUGUCAAGCAUUAUUCAGGCUGUUAGAUUCUUACUCUUAAAUUUACAUACAUUCAGAUACUCACUUUCUUAACCGCUUAUCCAAUCAGGGUCGUGGGGGGGUGCUGGAGCCUAUCCCAGCUUUUCAAUGGGCGCAAGGCACACAGUAACACCCUGGACGGGGUGCCAGUCCAUCACAGGGCACACACACACACUCAUACACCUAUAGUGUUAGAACGUAUUUCUAAUAUUACCCCUUGCAGUGCUAUCAGCUGCUCAGACAUUUAAAAUACAGACACGGUUGGCUGUGGGUGGGUCCGGGGUCAGGGAUGCUUUAACGUUCCUUGAUCAGACGUAUGAGCUGUGUGGGGUGUUUAAAGUUGUAGUUGUAGCCUAGUGGUGUAAGGUACUGGACCAGUAAUCAGAAGGUUGCCGGUUCAAACCCCACCACCGCCAGGUUGCCACUGUUGGGCCCUUGAGCAAGGCCCUCAAUUACUUACAAUUCAGUGUCCCCUGUUAACCUGACUGCAUGUUUUUGGAAUGUGGGAGGAAACCGGAGCACCCGGAGGAAACCCACACAGGCACGGGGAGAACAUGCAAACUCCACACAGAAAGGACCCGGACAGCCCCGCCUGGGGAUCGAACCCAGGACCUUCUUGCUCUGAGGCGACAGUGCUACCCACCGUGCCGCCCUCAUUCAGACACCCGACAGUUUAUAAUCCAGUUUCAACAAACACAGCUUUAAUAUUCUCUUCUUUUGGUUGAUCCUGUAUUUCGGGGUCACCACAGCGGAUCAGGUCCUCAUACCAGACUUGGCACAGUUUUUUGCCGGGUGCCCCCCCCGACACACCCCUUCUAUUUCUAUCCGGGCUUGGGACCUGCACUGUAAGCGCACUGACAAAUAUCGGCCACCCUUUCCAGACAUUAGCCAAUCACGUCCAGCAGUAGCGGGCUAGCGGACUUCCGCUGCCCCACCCGAGCACCACAGCUUUAAUAAAUAAGGGCCAGUACGUGUUUCAGGGAGGAUAUUAGGAACCGUGCUGCAUGAUACAGGGUAGAAUGUGUCAAUAAUUACAGUAAAUGAAAUGAAAUGAAUGAAAAGAACGAAGGCUGUUCCUUUUGUCCGUGUUUUCUUCGUAACGAUGCAUGUUGCAGUAACAGUGGUUUCGUGCUUCGGUCAUGUUUAUCCUUGUGUUAUUUCUCGGUGCAGUGUGUGUAUGUGAUGUUUCGACACUAAAGUGGACGUUUGCUUCGAUGUAAUCUACCAGAAAACCUUUUUACGAUUCACAGAAGGGAAAACGAAAUUGUAAUGGUCGAUAUUUAUAAGCGGACGUUUUAUAUCCUCUUCUUUGCACUUUGUAAUAUUUCUUGAUUAUUCCAGGACCGGAUGUAUGGAUGUAUGUGUAGAUGUAAGAAAAAGGCCCCUGAGAAGUGUGGCCCUUGAUGGUACUGUGUUAAGUAAAGCUUUAUGGGGAAUGAA